GAAUAAACAGAAGUAUGUUUCUGCAAUAUUAAGAUUGUUCUGCCAUGAUCUUCACUAAAUGAUCGAUAUUCCUAUUAUCAGAUACGUAUGGUUGAAUUGUUGGAAUUAUAUUUUGUUGGAUCAUCGAUCAUCGAUCAUCGAACAAACACGGUGAUGAGAACUUGAUAAUUUCAGUAUUAAUUAACUGAACUAAUAAUAUACUUCGCGUAGAGCGCCAGUUAAUGUGAGUGAUCGGAAAAACACAAAUGUCAUGAAAAGAAAGGAAAAUUCUCCGGCAAUUAUUUUACCUAACUAAGCACCUUUCAUUAGCAAAACAUAAAACAAAAUUGCUCGAGGCAAGGCAAACUUUACAUCCUUCAAGCAUUUUCACCGCACACGGUCGUAUAAAUCAUUGUCGCUAGGUGAUGUAAUUCUUCUCUUGUCACACAAAUUACGGACAUUAAAGGAUGGAUGGCCAUCUUCUUCAUUCGCCGGGCUCAUAAAAGUUCACCAGCUACACCAUCAUAAAACGCCCGCGUACCGUCGAGCGUCCGCGAAUUACAGCGUCCGCGCGGUAUAAUUUCUAACCCAGUGCGGAGAAACCGGUGUCUAGAAUACAUGAAUGAUUUCUUCGAAACAAACCGAACCUCGUUCUGUUCUAACUGUCCUGACGAAUCUCAUAAAUGUUGUGUGAAAAUGUAGCAUAAAUCAUGCAGAAAGAAAAUGUAUGUUGCGCACAAGAAUCGAAAGGAAAAAAAACGCCCCAAAAAGGAUGAUGUUUGCUUUUGUUUUCCAUUCGAAUGCUUCCGUUUUGCACCCCAUUUUGCACCGCACCGUAAUGGUGAUCCAUUUGACGAAGAUGUAUUCCGCUUGAUUAGAUUAUGGGGACCGUUUCGCGAUAGGGGGUUUUGUUUUUUUCCGGCCAUACCGUGAUCGGUAAGCGAUAUGGUGGUUCGGUCUUUAUCCAGCAGACGGCAUCCAUAUUCAUCAACGUUCAAGAGAUGAACUGCUUUGCGAAACUAUUCGUUUGAAUUAAACUGAUUAAGAUUUUUGCUACCGACGAGCUGUUGUGAUCGAGCGGGAAACAGAUAUUGCCACACUCUCGUGCGUAUUGUGGGGGUUUAUUUUCCAUUUUCUUCCUCUACGCUUUCUUAAGGGUUCACUUUGUCGUUCGAGAAUGGCAGGAUUUUUCCACCACGUCACGUUAAGACAUGUCUCGGGUGUAGUAUUGUGGCAGCGCUAAAGGUAAAAGUCACCCAUGUGGCUAAUUAAAUUCUAUUACGAAGCGAAACCGCGGCAUACGGCACCGUCUGGGUUUUUGGUAUGCAUUUCCUAUUGCGUUUUUCUUUCUUCGUCGUGUGUCUUUAUUGUCCUAAGUCGAUGUAUGUGUGGAGCUGUUUAUGAAUAAACUUCCAACUUCUUUAAAGCACUAUGCAAUCGUUGGUUGAAAACGAUGGCCACUAGCUUUGUGAAGUUGCAAACGAAAAGGAUGUCUGUGGCAAUGUCCUCAACCACAAAAUACACCCAUACAGCGGUUCUUGCGACUGUCGACACAUACUGUGGAAAAUUUCUUGCAUUGUUUGUUUCCUUCUUUUUUCGAAUGGAACAAAUACGGUACCGAAUGAAACUUUGCCGGAGCAAAAAGGCAAAAACCCACUUACAUACCAGAUUUUAUGUUACAAGCACACAAGUACAAGCGUGUUCCGUUGCUUGCAUUCCUGCCGGUUGUUUGUUGUCCUGUGGGCAACAAAAAGAGCAACGAAAUCUGGUCGUCACAGUAGCCGAAAUGGUUUGCCGUGCUUAAUUUGUCGCGUACUGCAUUAAGCAACAUUAAAGAAUGACUUCAAACCCGGAGAGAACAUUUGGAGGUGAGAAAAUGUAUUUGUUAAUCCUGUUACGAGUGACUCUGCGGCAUGCCAACAUUAUAGCAAUCGGGACCGACCGUCCUCCCGGGUGUGGGGAGUAUUAUCGCUAAUGUUGUACCGGACGGGGUUGUGUUUUUUGGGUGGGACGAAUGCAACAAAUUACGAUUAUUUGCUGAGUCAAGUGUUGUGUGAAGUUAAUGUUUUAAUACCAGCACGGCAGACAUUGGGUGGGUGCUUUUUUGGGGGUUUGUGUUACAUGGUACAUGACUUUGAAGUGUAGCUUUUGACUUGAAAGUUUAUAUAUUUUAUGAUAAAAAUAUAUAUUUUUUUUAUAACGAAAUUGUAGUGAAAUAAAUAUAUGAGCGCUUAAAAUAUUAAAAUUUGAAUGCAAUUUUCCACUUUGAUCAGUUCACUCAGAGGGAAAUAUUUUUGAAGAAUAGAUAAGCUUUCGGUAUUAGAUGAGAAGUUAGUUUUUUUCCAAAAAUAUUAUGUACACAAAAAUAUUUGAUACGGAGGGACCUGAUUGGGGGUUUUUACCCUGAGUGGUGUAAAGUAAUGUCGUAAUGGUUUGAACCAUUUCUGCUUUUAAGUUUUUAUUAUUUUAUACUCAAUCAACUACUAUAACAUUUCAUAUCUUAAUCAUGUGUUUAGUUUUACAUUAUCCAACGUACAUAAUUUGGUAAGAAUGAAUUUCAAAGAGAUUUGUAGUUUUUCCAAGUAUUUUUACAAUAUCACUCUCUCUUUUUACGAAAUAUUCUUAAGAACAACAUUGUUUCUUUUCCUUAAUGUAAUUUUAAAGUAACAUUCUUCACUGUGUUCCUAAAGUCUGUAAUAAUUGAGAAACCAAUCCGUUAAUAGCAGGUCAGGUGAAAUCAUUAAUAUAUAUAAAUGAUGAAAUAACAGACUCACUUUUCAGAGUAAAAAUGGAGCUAUAAAUAAAUGCGUUCCAAGGAUUUACAUAAAAACACAAAUUUGCUAAAGUAUCGGAACGGGGAAUUGAUUUUAUUGUUGCUGUUUAGCAUUGAUUUUGCACAAAAGACCAAAAAACCAUCGUUUUAAACAGGAAGCAGCCUAGCAAGGAAAAUUGAGAAUCAUCAUUUUUGUACAAUACAAGAUCUUCACUUAUAAUUGCGUUUAAAUCUUUUUCUCUUUGUUAACUAUUCAAGAACCGCACAGGCAACCUUCAAUCGAUUCAAGAAUCAUUCAGGCAAGCUAUUCGUUAGAAACUACCGGAGUUUCCCCAAAAGUGCCAUUGAUAAUGAUUUUCCACACGCUGUACACACAAACACCACAAAAGGGCCUUGAGCAAAAUGGCUCCGCAACCACACCAAACACAGGUGUGAACAUUUUCGGCUAGUAUAUGCUCUGUGGCCGAAUAAAACGUUGUCAACUGAAAAUAAUGUGCGAAAAACCUCCCAGAGAAAAAAAAAUAAAAAUCCGUCAUGCAUAUUGAGUGAUGCUGAGAUUGUGCCCUUCUCGUGUUAACAGCCAAAGGCGUAGAGAGAAAAGGAGAGAAAAAGCGCGUUCAGGCAUGAAGACGAAGGCAAAUCUAAAGCCCGCCCGAUUAACCGUCGCAUAAGCUUUUUGGUCGCUUACGAUUAGGCAUGGUUAACGUUAAAUGGUAUAAGAAACGGUGCUACCGAUCGUCCGAGAUGUAGUCUAUUCUGAUCGAUCGUGAAGGUGUGAUCGUACGGGCGGGUGUUAUUGAGUGGUGAUUUUGGUGUAAUUUUAAAGCAGGUGCAGCAGAUUGCAGCAAGAUGCAAUUACGUGUGAUGUUGUGGUUUUGUGGCUGUUUGGUAGUUGGCUUAGUGGCCGGUGCUCCGCGUGUGCAGCGAUCUACAGACGAAGGGGCUUCCAGUUAUUACUACUUCAGUCGUUCACCGGGACAUUCCAUACAUCUCGGUACACCGUUCGAUGAACUGCCGGUGAUUCCAACGCUAACGGAGACGAAAUAUUUCCCUACGGUUCACGUUCAUCACGCUGAAGACAGUGGAAAUCAUGAGGGUAAGGGUUUGUUUGAGAGUGGCGAAGAUGAGGAUGAUCAUGCAGCGUACCGUGUGGUGGAACAUGAUCACGAAGAGGAAGGAGGUUCUUCGUACGAUGAAGAUCACCACGCGAAAAAGGGUGGAAAAUCGGAUAUCGGGUACGAUAAGAAACACGCGCUAGAUCAUGCCAGUAAGGGUAGCUAUGGAAAGGAAGAUCACAAGCAACACUACGCACACGAUGGAGAUCGGAAGCAUUCGCAUCACGAUGAAGGUUCGCACUACAAUGAUCAUCAUGCGGAAGCGAAACGUACCAAGGGUGGUAAGCAUCAUGAGAAGAAACACCACAAGAAGGGUUCCAAGACGACGGGUUACCACAACGUGUACCACAAGGAUGAGUACAAGAAGGAACACGUCUUCUACGACACAAGUGAUCACACAGGGCAGUUUAAGAAGUAUGGUUCAUCCCACGAACAACACGCGAACGAAGCCGGUCAGCAUGCCAAGGGUGGACACGAGGAUCGGGCACAUCAGGAAAAUUCACACAAGAAGGCGGGCAGCAAGCAGCACGGUUCGUACGACAAACAUCACGGUGCGUUCCAGAAUGGGCACGGUCAGGAGGAACACCAUUAUGACGUUUCGGGCUACGGUCAGAAGCAUGGACACACCGGGCUGGGUGAACGUGGUUACAAGAUUAUACACCCUUAAGUAGCGUAAAAUGCAAACAUUCUGCCAUUACGAGACGAGAAACAUAGAAAGAAAACAAAACCAACAAAAAAAAUCAACCUCUAAAUAGGCUGCCGAAAUUGCAUUUGCGUAAGAAAAGGAGGCAUUUGUGCAUUUUGCGUAAUAAAUUAUUUGUCCUACAGAAA